GUAACAAGUGAAGUUACAAAACAUCGGUUAUGUGGAAGAGAAAGACGACGACAACGAUCCCCUCGCCCCCACCCCCCCUCAUUUCCCUCGGUUAACCUCUUAAAAUUCCUCUGCUUUGAGACAUCACUUUUGAGUCACUUCCUCCGUUAAGCCAGUGGGUUCCUGGCGCAGACGCUGUCAGAGAUGGCGAUGGAGAGUUUCAGGCAGUUCUUAUUCGCUCUGUGCGUUGCUGUCUCUGUUGGGUUUGUGGCUAUAAUUUUUGUCCUGAGAUGGGUAUUUCACUUUAAGGAAGGUUUGGCAUGGGAUGGAGGACUCGCCGAAUUCAACUGGCAUCCGGUUUUAGUCGUUAUCGGUUUUAUUUUUAUACAAGGAAUUGCUAUCAUUGUAUACAGACUGCCAUGGAGCUGGAAAUGCAGCAAGUUAAUGAUGAAGUUUAUUCAUGCUGGCCUCAAUAUACUGGCCUUUGGCUUUGCUGCUGUGUCCAUGGUAGCAGUCUUUGACUUCCAUAAUGCCCAAAACAUCCCCAAUAUGUAUAGCCUACACAGCUGGGUGGGGCUAGCAGCUGUCAUACUAUACUCAAUACAGCUUGUUCUGGGACUCUGUGUGUACCUGAUACCCAUCACACCUCUAUCCUGGAGAGCUGCUCUGAUGCCCAUGCACAUCUACAGUGGCCUCUUCAUCUUCACCAGCGUCAUAGCAGCAGCCCUCAUGGGCAUCACAGAGAAACUGAUUUUUGGCCUGAAAGAUCCCAAGUACAAGGACUCGCCCCCAGAAGCAGUGUUUGUGAAUGUGCUAGGAGUCCUCAUAGGAGUUUUUGGAGCAGCCAUACUUUGGAUCGCCACUCGGCCUGCUUGGAAGCGCCCCAGUGAGCAGGUCCUGCAGCGGCUGCAUACCAACGCUGGACUGGCAGCUGGCCCGGGAGCUGGUGCUGCCGCCCUGUCACAGCACACUGAGAGGGUGGACCUGGAGGCCAGCGGAGAUGCCAGGAGGAGAAAUGGGAAACCGGACGACCCAGGACCGGCCAACUGACCGGGCAACUGACCGGCCAACUGACCGGCCAACUGACCGGCCAACUGACCGGCCAACUGAGUGCCUCAAGAAACCCACCUGCUGGUUCUGUCUGUCUUGCCUUAUGCUGUCUCUAAAGUGUCUACUGUACUACUGAGAAAGUACCAAAACUGAAUGGAACUCCUGUUUUACAAACCUUUGCUUAUUUAGUGAGCUCCUUGGAAUUGUUUCCAUCCUUUUCAGAAUAUUUGCCUUUGAGCUUGUAAUUUAAUUAUUUAUGUAUAUUUCAGAAGGGACUAUAUAACAUGAUAAAUAAUAAUUUCAUAGCCCAUAUCAUCAAUGCAUUUAAUAUCAAAUCAUAUUGAUGCCAGGCAAUAUAUACACAAAGGUCAAUUUACACAGCUUAUCAUGUAUUUUUUGUUUGUUUUUUUACAAAUUGUAUUACCAUGAUUAAAUAGUUAGACAUUUAUGAAGCCAAGCAAAAGUUAUUCAUAAGAUAUUUUCUUCUACUAUUGUUAUUAGGUUCUUGUAAAGAGUUUUUAUAUUCUUUAAUAAUAAACAGU